AUGUUAGUAACUGAAAAUGUCAUUAACCUUCAAAAUGAAAACAAAUCUUAUUCUUUAUUAAACGAACCCAUUGAUGAACGCUGGUCGAAUAUUGGCAGUUUAGCUUUACCCGAUGGUGUGCAUAACAGAAAUAAAGAUUUAAUUUAUUUUCAUAUUCCAUCAAUUGAUCAAGAUCAAGAUUCAAAUAAGACAUUAUUUGGUAUUGCCUCCUAUAGACGAAUCGAUGCCAACCCUGUUUAUGGAAAUAUUAGUGAAGAACUUGGAAGGUUAACUGAAACAUAUUUUGAAGAAAAAAAUUUUAAUCAAAGACAAAUGUUUGAAGAUUUUGUUGAUAAUUUAAAUAAAAAUCCUCCAGAAUUCAAUUUACAGUAUUAUUCAGCGCGUGACCUUGUUAUUCGUUAUCGACGUAAAACAUUUAUACUUUUUAAACUUAUUUUAUUACGAAAAAAGGUUCAAAUUUUAUUUUAA